ACACUGCCCUCGAUCAGCUCUCGCCUUCCUUAGGCAAGAAGUAUAUAGCGUGCCAGUGUAUAAAGAGAGAGUGACAGACUGACAGUGCUGGAGCGAGGAUCGUAGCGGCAAUGGAGGUGGCGAAGAUGAAGCGGGGCGGCGAGACGUGCUUCCUGCUCCAGGCGGCAGCCGUGGUCUCAUACAUGGUGCUGCUGAUGGCGUCGACGGGGGCGCGCGCGCAGAUGCGGGUGGGGUUCUACGACAGCUCGUGCCCGGCGGCGGAGAUCAUCGUUCAGCAGGAGGUGAGCAAGGCGGUGUCGGGCAACCCGGGCCUCGCCGCCGGACUCCUCCGUCUCCACUUCCACGACUGCUUCGUCGGGGGCUGCGAGGCGUCCGUGCUGAUCGACUCCACCAGCGGCAACACGGCGGAGAAGGACGCCGGGCCGAACAAGAGCCUCCGGGGCUUCGAGGUGAUCGACAGGAUCAAGGCACGGGUGGAGCAAGCCUGCUUCGGCGUCGUCUCCUGCGCCGACAUACUCGCCUUCGCCGCAAGGGACGCGCUCGCGCUGACCGGCGGGAACGGGUACCAGGUCCCGGCGGGGCGGCGGGACGGGAGCGUGUCGCGGGCACAGGACACGAGCGGCAACCUGCCACCGCCGACCCCCAACGUGAACCAGCUCACCAAGAUCUUCGCCUCCAAGGGGCUCAACCAGAAGGACUUGGUCACGCUCUCCGGGGCGCACACCAUCGGCGGCUCGCACUGCAGCUCCUUCAGCAGCCGCCUGCAGUCGCCGUCUCCGACGGCGCCGGACCCGACCAUGGACCCCGGCUACGUAGCGCAGCUCGGGCAGCAGUGCGCCGGCGCCUCGCCGGGUGCGCUCGUGCCCAUGGACGUCGUCACCCCCAACACAUUCGACGAAGGGUUCUACAAGGGCGUCAUGGCCAACCGCGGCCUCCUCGCCUCCGACCAGGCGCUGCUCAGCGAUGGCAACACCGCACUGCAGGUCGUCACCUACGCCAACGACCCGGCCACCUUCCAGAGCGACUUCGCCGCAGCCAUGGUCAAGAUGGGCUACGUCGGCGUGCUCACCGGCAGCAGCGGCAAGAUCAGAGCCAACUGCAGGGUCGCGUGAUCCGUCAUUCAUGGCGCCAUCACUCGAGAGAUUUUUGGUGUUUGUACUAAGAGUGGCGAUUGAUUGAUUUCCUAUUCGACUUGGUGGUAGCUUUCAAUUAGAGGCUUUUCUUUGACCAUGUAUGUAUUCGCUGCCUAUUCUUUGUCCCAUUGAUCGGCUUGUGUUAAUUCUUUCUUUCUGUUCACAAAAUUGUAACUAGCCCCUGAGGGUUCAUGUGCCAAAUUAAUCGAGCUAAAUAAUGGCUGUCGAUUCUUUCA